ACGUCGCCGUGUCGCCGGGUCAAAGUUAGUGUCGGCGGGUCAAAGUUGCGUCGGCGGAUUGCCGCAUUGUUUGCGUGUGUGUGUGCGGGAAGGGCGCGCUUUCGUCUGUGUUUGUGUGUACGCUGCGCGUUCUCAGCGUGUGUUUCGAAAUACCGCAUUGUUUAAUUACAGAAUUACAGCCCGCCGCGGCUAAUUCCGUGCCAACAAAGGCAGUGUGUGAAUGAAAUUAUGCUUAAAUAGCAACAGCUAGCCUAGCCACAGUUUUGUCGUCAGCACAGCAAAAGCCAAAGUAAAAAAGCAAAACCAAAAAGCCAAAAAAAGAGUUAAAAGCCGGCAUUUGGAGGACGGCAAGAAGAGUUCGACGAAAGAUAAAAAAACAAAACAUAACCAAACCAAACAGAACGCAACUGCGGCAUCAGCAGAGCCUUGGUGGCCACAUUCCAGCGUCAUCAGCCGGUGGAGGCCAUAAACGCCGCUCGUCGCAGCCGGCCAAGCCCGGGUCACCAGCGAAAUUCUUUCUCUUCUGAAAACGGGUGAAGUGAAGGAGACAGCAGCAGAAUCAACAAUACAGCGGAUCCAUAAGAUAUCCAACUAAUCAGUUGGAGUGAUUGACAGUAUUUAAGGCCCCAAAAUGAAUCUCCUUUCCCUGAGCAUACUGAUGAUCUGCCUAGCCGCGGGCCUGGCUAAUGGAGAGACAAAUCUACCGCCCGUGUUUACCCAAACCCUGAAUAAUAUCAUCCUGUAUGAAAACGUGACGGUGGGCACUGUGGUUUUCCGGCUAGAAGCCUACGAUCCAGAGGGUAGUCCUGUGACCUAUGGUGCCAUUGGUGCCGAUCAUUUUAGCGUUGAUCCAGUGUCUGGAAAUAUUACCUUGAUUAAGCCACUGGAUCGUGAGGAGAAAGACAGUCUUAAGUUUCUGGUUUCGAUCAGAGAUCGUGUGGAUCCCGAGGGAGAGUCGGAGCGGGAUAAUGUGGUGGAAGUACCAAUAACAUUCAUCAUACUCGAUCUGAACGACAAUCCUCCAGAGUUUCAGAAUACUCCCUAUGAGGCAGAUGUUAAUGAGGAUGCCAAGGUGGGCACCACCAUCUUUGAUAAGAUUCUUGUCAAAGAUCGAGAUAUAGUUGGCGAGAGUCUUGAUCUGAAGUGCUUGCCCCAGCAGCAAAGUCCUGAGGCCUGCAGAAAAUUUCGAUUGCAUGUGAUAAAGCGAGAGGCCACUGUUUUGGAAGCUGCUGUGGUGCUGAACGAUACCCUCAACUAUAACCAGAGGAUGGUUUACCAUUUCCAGAUCGAAGCCACCGAUGGACCGCAUAAAACUCAGACCACCUUCGAAGCCAGGGUGAAGGAUGUCCAGGAUAAGCCUCCAGUAUUCCAGGGAUCCUUAUCCACAGUGAUUGAUGAGGAUAGUCCCAUUAAUACUUUGGUACUUACAGUACAUGCCAGGGAUGGUGAUACGGGCGAGCCAAGAAAGAUUGUCUAUGAUCUGCUGACAAAUCCCAAUGACUACUUUCUGUUGGAUUCUCAGUCCGGUGAACUGCGUACCGCCAAACCGCUGGAUCGCGAAGCUCUCGAGGAUUCCACGGGCAUCAUCUCACUGGAGAUUCGAGCCCGCGAGCUGGUUAAUGGAGUGCCCAGCGAUGACUCUCUGACGAGUGCCACGGCCAAGGCAACGGUGACCAUACGAGAUGUAAACGAUUCCCCACCAGUGUUCAAUCGCAAGGAGUAUUCCGUGUCCCUGCUGGAGAACACACCGCCUGGAACACCACUUGCCCUGGACAUGAGCGUCAGUGAUGCCGAUGUGGGCAUGAACUCAAAGUUUGCCCUGCGCCUGGACGAUGUUUCUGGGGUAUUCGAUGUGGAGCCCAAACUGGUUACCGGCUACUCGCAGGUGAACAUUCGUGUGGCCAACGGUACUCUGGACUAUGAGAAUCCCAAUCAGCGUAAAUUCAUAGUGCUGGUGGUGGCCGAGGAGACGGACACGAAUCCAAAGUUAUCUUCAACGGCCACGAUUACGGUGAGUGUGCUGGAUGCCAAUGACAACAAACCCGUUUUCGAGCAGGAGAGCUAUUCAGCCUCCGUCUCCGAGGCGGCGCUUCCGGGUCAGUAUAUAGCCACCAUUACGGCUCGGGAUGUGGACUCUGGCAGCUACGGGGACUCUGGCAUUCGGUACAGCCUUUCUGGCACCGGGGCGGAACUUUUCCAUGUCAACGAGCAGACAGGUGUCAUUAGCUUGGCCAAUUGUCAUGGCGAGGGCGAGAGCAACAGGCGCGAGAGACGUGAUCUGCACGAGGAUGAGAAUGAGGAUGAGGAGGCAGAGAGUCACCUGGAAAUGCUUUCCAUGGAGGCGGCCGUGCCCAGAGAGAUUGGCACCGAGCCGACCGUCCAGUACACAUUAGUCACCCAGGCGCCAGAGGAGCGAGCACCGGCAGCUUCAGUUUCAUCUCCAGUUGCAUUUCCACCUGGAGUUCCCGCAGCGACUGCUAAUGACGACAAGGCACCGCAGACGUGUCUGGACUACGAAUCGGAGACCACGUACUUCUUGUCAUACAAGGCCACCGAUGACAAUGGACGUGGCUCGGCAUCUGUGGUCUCCCUUCGGAUCUCUGUGCUGGAUGCCAAUGAUUCGCCGCCUGUUUGCGAGAGUCCUUUGUACCGGGCGAGUGUGGACGAGGGUGCUGUGGUCUUUGAUUCACCGCUGAUUGUCAAGGCCCGCGAUGCGGACACCAUGUCCAGCAUUAGCUACAGAAUUCGAGGCUCCGAACAGGUGGAGGGCAUCUUCGACAUCGAUCGGGAGAGUGGACAGAUUACCAUCCGUCCCAAUGCUAGCCUGGAUGUGACCAAUCUGAAGAGCGAUCAGCUCAUCUUCACAGUGGAGGCCAAUGAUGGACUCUUUACGGCCAGUUGCGGGGUGAAUAUCACAGUGCGAGAUGUGAACAACCAUGUGCCCAGCUUUGAGCAGCAGAGCUACAGUGCUGUUGUGGAGGAGAACUCGGAGAUUGGCACGAGUGUGGAAAGGGUUCAUGCCAGCGAUCUGGACACUGGGAAGAAUGCCGAACUCCGCUAUCGGAUUCAGCAGGGCAGCUUUGAUGACUUUGGCAUUGACGAGCGCACCGGCGAGGUGUUUGUCUCCCGGAAACUGGACUUUGAUCGACGCAACACCUAUCAGCUGCAGGUUCAGGCCUCCGAUUUGGGUACUCCCAGUCUCACAGGCACCGCUACGCUGACCAUCAAUGUACAAAACAGCAACGAUAAGGAUCCCUACUUUGUGCCAGCCACUCAGCAUGCCGAGGUGCGAGCAGAUGCUCCACCUGGCCAACUGGUUUAUAACUUAAUCGCCUUGGAUCCGGAUGUGGCCAGCCACAAUGCCCUGGAGUUUGCAGCCACCGAUGAUAUCACAGCCAUCGAUAAGGAGGGCAAGGAGCUGCCGCACAAUGAUCAGUUCAAGGAGUACUUUGCUAUAUCAAGGAACGGCAAGGUGACAGUCAACAAGCACUUGGAUCGCAAUCUGUUUGCCGUGAUGAGAAUCAAUGUCCUGGUCACGGACAGCACAGCUCCCAAUGUCCAGCAGGGACGCGGUCUGCUGAUUAUUCAGAUAAUCGAUGUCAACAAGAUACCACCACGUUUCAAUGCCCCCUGGAGUGUGGAACAGCCGCAGAUAAAGCUGCAAAUGGUGGAGGAGCAACCGGUGGGCACAGUACUGACCACACUGCAGGCCACUGAUGAAGAUUCCAGCAUUGGAGAAUUCAACAUCAGUCCGAAUGAUUACUUUGCCAUCAACCAGACCACCGGAGUGAUCUACACCAUUGCUCGGCUUGACUACGAGGCCGUCAAGGAGGUCAAGUUCCUGGCCACGGUCAGUGAUACGGGUGUGCCCGCCCUGACAGCCACCGCGGAUGUGGUGGUGGACAUCAUAAACCUAAACGACAACGAGCCAAAGUUCACCCAGUCGGAUUACUAUUUCAAUAUUACGGAGAACUCACCGCGAGGCACUGUCGCUGGCAAAGUGGAGGCCACGGAUGGUGAUGUUGGCGUCUUUGGAGAGAUCACUUACACCUUGAUCGGGGAGAAUAACAAGUACUUUAGCAUCGAUGCCUAUACGGGCAAUGUGAUGGUGGCCAAUGCCUCUAUACUCGAUCGUGAGCAGAUCAAGGAGCUAACUCUGUCGGUUGUAGCCCAAGACAAAGCUCCUGCAACUGUCCAGAAAUCUGCCACAGCAACGAUCCACAUCAAUAUCCUCGAUGUCAAUGAUAAUGCUCCUGUUUUCACGCGAGAUGUUUACAAUUCCACCGUGGCGGAGAAUGCCGCUUAUCAGCCACCGGCAGCUCUGCUUCAAGUGCAUGCCAUCGAUCAGGAUGAGGGUCUAUAUGGCGAUGUUCGUUACAUUAUCACCGGUGGCAAUGAAUUGGCUCUGUUUAAGCUUGACGCCCAGUCUGGCAUUGUGUAUCCAGCUCAGAGUUUGACCGGAAAGCAUGGUGUUUACGAUCUGACAAUCUCGGCACGUGACACCCAGGGAUCGGGUACCAUGGAAAGCACCGCCAGAGCCAUCAUCACGGUGCUAAAGGUGAAUCGUCACAAGCCGGAGUUUAUCAUACCCGCUCUGUCCAAUGCCACCAUUGAGAUACCCGGUGAUAUUGUCCAGCCGGACUACCUUCUGCUCACUGUUAAGGCUAUGGAUAAUGAUACGGAGGAGAAUGGAAAGAUAAGCUAUCACCUGCAGGUGAACAACAGAAAUGAGCAGCAGACGGCUGAGUUCAAGAUCGAUGAGUUGACGGGAGAAUUGCGCGCUAAAACUCUGCUAAAUCGCAAGAAUCGAGCCAACUACGAUAUCAUUCUGGUUGCCCGGGACGCUGGAAAUCCGCCAUUUGAAUCACUGCGCCUGCUCACUGUCAGUAUUGUUGAUGCCAACGAGAAUCGUCCAGAAUUCCCAGAUGCUUCGAAUCCCUACAAGGUAUCCAUAAAUGAGAACAGCGGCCGGGAUGUAAAGAUCGGGCAUAUUCAGGCUGCCUCGAGGAGUAAGCACAAUCGCGAUAUCUUCUAUUACAUGCUCUUGGGCAACGAGGACGGUGCCUUCUAUGUGGACAAACUAACUGGUGACAUAUACACAAACAAGAGUCUUGAUCGCGAACAGACAGACGUCUACACGCUGUACAUCCUGGCCAGCAUCAAGGCGGAUCUGCACAUUUCCGAGGAGGAACGAGCCUCGUUCUCCAUCAAAACCUUAAAUCGGGACAAUACGGUGGCAAAGGUAGCCAUCACAGUUUUGGAUGUAAACGAUAAUCCACCCGUCUUUGAAAAGCCCAUUUAUUAUGCUGGAGUUAAUGCCAACGCGAAGAUGGGUGCGGCCAUUGCUCUGGUGAAUGCCACGGAUGCGGAUCAGGGCAAGAACGCCAAGAUUGAGUUUAUGAUCGUUGCCUCAAACUUGUAUAAGUUUGGAGCUAGCAAGGCCACCGGUUCGAUUGUUCCAAGUCCGUUUGCCAUCUCGCAGGAGGGUCGCAUCACGGCCAACACCAUCAUGGCCGAGUAUAAUCAGGAUCGUUUCGAACUGGAAAUUGUGGCUCGAGAACUGGAGCAGCCCCAGCGAUCGGCCAGCACCAAAGUCAAUAUCUGGGUAUUUGAUGGCACUCAGCUGGUGCGUGUGAUCCUCUCCCGACCACCGGAGGAGGUUUACCAGGAGCAGGAGGAGAUUAUAGCCGAGCUGCGUAAUGCCACCCAGCAUCGCAUUAUUGUGGAUGAGAUACGUUUCCAUUUGGAUUCCAUUGGACGCAUCCGUAUGGACUGGUGUGACCUGUAUUUCCAUGCCGUUGAUCCCCAGACCCAGCAAAUAGCACCUGUUGAUGAGAUACUCAAGGAUAUCGAUAGGAACUAUGAUUAUCUGAAGGAUUACUAUGCCGGCUUUGCCAUAGAGAAUGUGGUGCCUGCCUACAUAGCCAUUGUUCAGGACGAGUUCGAUUUGGCUGUGGCAGGACUGGUGGCCCUGGUCAUUGUCCUGUUUGUGGGCGUUAUAAGCUUCAUUGUGUUGUGUUGCUGCCUGAAGCACUGGAAUCUGUCGGUGCCCGUGGAGACACGUCGCAAAGAGGCCCUGAUCAAGAAACAGAUUAUAGAGGACCUAAACACCACCGAGAAUCCUCUGUGGAUUGAACAAAAACUUAAGCUGUACGAGGAGCAGGAGUUGACCAUGCAGGUCUUCUCAGAGCCCGAUCAUAUAUCCAACUCGGAGACGCCGGGCCACCUCGACCACCAUCGCAGCUCACUGGAGCAGGUCCAUCACGUGGGCCAGUCGGUGGAUAACACCUAUGCCACCAUCCAGCCGCGUAAUAACCAGAAUCGCCUGACUGGAGGCGGCGGUGGUGGUGCUGGAGGUGGUUCAAUGCGCAGCGGCGGCGGCGUCAGUGCCGGUGGUGUGGGUGGUGCCGGUCUGCUGCUGGCACGCGUUGAUCCGCAUCACAUGAACGAGUUUGCGGACUAUGCCACGCUGCGCAACAAUCGAGCGCCAUCGCUGUACGAGUUCACGGGAUCGACCUUCCAGGCUCCCAUUCGGGAUGGCGAUGAUGCCGUGGCCGAGCUGAUCUAAGUCUCGAUCCCCGAAAGGAUAUGUAAAUUAUGUGUAGUAGACAAGCCCUUGCCGUGGUCCGUUCUGUUGCAUCUUUGAGUUCGCCGUUAAUCAUAUUAUAUAGACACCGUACAUAACACUUAUAUAUAUCGAGAGCGUAUAUACAUACAUAUAAUAGCGUAGUUGUAUCUGGUAAGCCAGCGUUUAUCUAGAACUCAGAAGUAACCAGGAUAGAGGGACAGCAACAGAACUACAACAACAAGAACCCAUAGAGGAAAUUCUCCCGCAUAAAUAAUGACAAUAAUAUAUAUGUACUAUUAUAUAUUGACAAUGUCUCUAGCCGUAAUGAAUCGAUAUUGAAUAUGUAAGAGUUACUAAUCAGAAUCAGCAUCAGCAUCUGCAUCCAUACACGUUUAGUUCCCUCGAAUAAUUCCGCGAUAUUAGCUCGUUAAGUUGUACCCACUCUGAAAAGACUAAAUUAUUUGCUCUUCCAAUUCUGUAUUACGUUUAGUUAACAUUUAGUUUCUUAGAUUCUAGUUUUAAUUAGCCAAACUUGCUCAUAACUGAUAAGUUCAUGUAUAUUUUAAGUUGGCGAGAAUUGGAAAUGUGCAACGAACUAAGUUACAAUUUAUUGACCCCUGUUCGAAUAACCUCACGGACAGAGAGCCAGAAACUCAUUUAUGAUUGCAUUUACAUUAAAUAUACUAUACGAAUAAUUA